AUGGCGGUUUUCCAAGAGUGUCUCCAGCAAUUCAAUGCAACACCGGUCAAUGCUAAAAAAUGUCGACAAUUGUUGGCCAAGUUGUUGAGGUUGAUCUAUAACGGUGAAGAGUUCCCGGCGCAAGAGUCUACCACGUUGUUUUUUUCCAUCUCCAAGUUGUUCCAGCACAAGGACCAGUCCUUGAGACAGCUUGUGUACCUCACCAUCAAGGAGUUGUCGUCGACUUCCGACGACAUAUUGAUGGUGACUUCGUCAAUCAUGAAGGACAUCCAGGGAAGCGACGCCGUUUACAAACCAAAUGCCAUCAGAACAUUGGCCAAGGUGUUGGACCCAACUACCGUGACCGCGGCAGAACGUUUAUUCAAAAAUGCAAUUGUUGACAAGAACCCAGUUGUCUCUUCAGCCGCGUUGAUCUCAUCCUACAACUUGUUACCUCACGCCAAAGACGUUGUCAAGAGAUUUGGGAACGAAACUUUGGAGACCAUUCAAUCAUACAAGACGUUCCCUUCGAACCAGUUCCAAUUGCACGAUUACUACGGAAACUCCACUUCAAACUUGCCAUCAACUUCUUACAUGUACCAGUACCAUGCUCUAGGAUUGAUCUAUCAAUUAAGGAACCACGACAAGAUUGCCUUGAUGAAGUUGAUCACGACUCUUUCUGAAGGAUCGUCCCUUAAAAACUCCUUGUCGAUUAUUCAGUUGAUUAGAUAUAUAAACAGGAUUCUCAUUGACGAUGAAGGUCUUUACAAGCAAUUGCACCCGGUUUUAGCAGGGUUUUUGAAACACAAGUCGGACAUGGUUGAGUUGGAAGCGUGCAAGAGCUUGAUCAACUUGCAGCACUUGCUCAGUGACGAGCAAUAUAUGCAGAUCAUCACCACUUUGCAGAAACUAUUGGGUGUUCCAAGAACUGCCACCAGAUUUGCUGCCAUUAGGUUAAUCAAUAGAAUCUCGGUCAAGCACCCGGAAAAGAUUAUUGUUGUCAACAUUGAGUUGGAAAGUUUGAUCAAUGACUCCAAUAGAUCAGUUUCGACCUUGGCAAUCACAACCUUGUUGAAGACGAUGGGAGCUGGAACUGUUGAAAAUGGUGCAACUGGAGGCGAGAGCGUUGACAGAUUGAUCACCAAAAUGACCUCGUUGAUGGAUGAAAUCACAGAAGACUUCAAGAUUGUGAUCAUCGAAGCGAUUGAAAACCUUGCCUUGAAGUUCCCCUCCAAGCACAAGAAGUUGGUUUCAUUUUUAACAGACUUGUUACGAGAUGAUGGCUCGCUAGAGCUAAAGACAAGCAUCGUUGACGCUUUGUUUGAUUUGAUCAAGUUUUUGCCAAACGAAGGUGCCAAGCAGUUGAUAUUAAUGAACUUGUGUGAGUUUAUAGAGGACUGUGAGUUUACCGAGUUGUCUGUGCGGAUUUUGCACUUGUUGGGCGAUGAGGGUCCUUCCACGUCGAAUCCGUCGUAUUACAUUAGACACAUUUACAACAGAUUGGUGUUGGAGAACUCGAUAGUGAGGGCCUCUGCCGUGAUUGCGUUGGCCAAAUUCGCGGCCGUUUGUGGCGGAGACGUGUCUACAAAUAUCGUUAUCUUGUUGACGAGGUGCUUAAAUGACGUGGACGACGAAGUCAGGGACAGAGCCGCCAUUUCAUUAAACUUUAUCAAAGCCAAGAAGAAGAAUUUGAUUGUGAGCGAUUCCAAAUACGACUUGGCGGUUCUAGAGAACAAGUUGGUGAAUUAUUUGAGUGACACCAAAAACUUUGACCACCAAUUUGACAUCUCAGAGGUGCCCUUGAUCACUGCCGAUGAGUUAAAGACAAUAGAAUUAAACAGAAAAUUGAACAAUUUGGACCGAGAAAACAAUGAAGUUGCAGGUGCAUCUGAGCAAGUUGAAAGCAAGGCAAAUAAUGAAGACGAGUCGCCUGCUGAUAGCGGCGCCAACAACUUGUUGAAGCAACAGGAGUAUGCUCAAGAAUUGUCCGCCAUACCAGAGUUUGAAUCGUAUGGCAAGUUGACCAAAUCUUCCAUUACCCCCAUUUUUCUCACCGAUAAGGAAAAUGAGAUCGUUGUUAGUGUUGUCAAGCACUUCUUCCUUGAAUCACAAAAGUUGGUGUUGCAAUACAAUAUCAACAAUACCUUGCCUCAUACAUUAUUGCAAGAAGUAUCGGUGAUAGCUCAGCCUGAUAAUGAAGAAUAUCAAGAAGAUUUCAUUAUGCCCUUGGAGGAGUUGAAGCCGGAUGGUUUAGGUGUGGUGUAUGUUUCCUUUAGCACACCUUUGUUAUCUGAAGGGGAUAUUUUAUCGGCUUUUGGUAAUACUGUUGCCUACACCAAUAGAGACUUGGAUGAGGAAGGACAAGUUGAUCCCUCCGACGAUGGAUGGUCGGAUGAGUACCAAAUUGAUGAUUUGGAACUAUUAGCGGGUGAUUUCAUCAAUCCGCUUUACAACUCCAAUUUCACUGCAAUUUUCGAUCAAUUACCAGUGAGUCAAGACACAACGUCGACUGGAUAUAUCGCCAAUGUCGAUACGUUGGAAAAUGCAGUUGCCAAGAUCAAAACCAAAUUGAACAUGAUGGCAUUGGAUGGAUCAGACUAUGUUGUCAAUGAUUCCAAUUCCCAUACGUUGAAAUUGUUGGGUAAGGAUGUGUGGGGAGGCAAAGUUGGUAUUUUAAUUCGUUUAGCCAAAAGUGGCGGUAAGAUUGUUGGUCGAAGUGAAAUUAAAGUUGAAACUGAUGGAUUCGUUGAUGUUGUCGCCAGCAGUAUUUACGAUGCAUAG